CGCGGACUAAUUUAGGACUACUUUCAACUUAACACAUUAAGUGAGUAAAAUGAUAAUAAUGAUAACUAACAUUUUUAAUUCUGAUGAACCAGUUGGUGAACAUGACCAUUCGUGACCGAGGUUUUUGUAAUUAAAGUAAUUCCCUUUUAGACGUUUGAAUAAGCUGGACAGAGUAACACAGCUACUUGAAGACAUAACAACACAUUGUAAGUAGGAGAUUUCAGUUAAAAUAAACACACACACACACACAGUCGUAUUUAAAGAGAUGGAGUAAUCAUUUUAAAGAAUCAAGCUCGUCUCUACCGAGAAACGUAUUGUCUGGACAGUAUGUGUGUCGCCAACUGUAUAUGAUGAUCACAAUAUAUGUGGCAUCCCAUACAAUGAAAUUGGCAGACAAUAUUGAAUAUAUCUAUAGCUAUCCCAAAUAAUAUUGAUCAUAUGUGGCAUUAUCCCAAACAAUAUUGACUAUAUCUGUGAUUAUCCCAAACAACACUGAUUAUAUAUGUUACUAGCCCAAAUAAUAUUGACUAUAUCUGUAAUUAUCCCAAACAACACUGAUCAUAUCUGUGGAUAUUCCUAAAAAAUAUAUAUCACAUCUUGGGUUAUCCCAAACAAUAUGGAUAAUAUUUGUGGUAAUCCCAAACAAUAUGACCAUAUUUGUGGUAUUUACAAACAAUAUUGAUCCUAUUUGUGGUAAUCCCAAACAAUAUUGACCAUAUUUGUGGUAAUCCCAAACAAUAUUGACCAUAUUUGUGGUAAUCCCAAACAAUAUUGACCAUAUUUGUGGUAAUUCUCAACAAUAUGACCAUAUUUGUGGUAAUCCCAAACAAUAUUGAUCAUAUGUGUGGUAAUUCCAAACAAUAUUGACCAUAUUUGUGGUAAUCCCAAACAAUAUUGAUCCUAUUUGUGGUAAUCCCAAACAAUAGUGACCAUAUUUGUGGUAAUUCUCAACAAUAUGACCAUAUUUGUGGUAAUUCCAAACAAUAUUGAUCAUAUGUGUGGUAAUUCCAAACAAUAUUGAUCAUAUGUGUGGUAAUUCCAAACAAUAUUGACCAUAUUUGUGGUAAUCCCAAACAAUAGUGACCAUAUUUGUGGUAAUUCUCAACAAUAUGACCAUAUUUGUGGUAAUUCCAAACAAUAUUGAUCAUAUGUGUGGUAAUUCCAAACAAUAUUGAUCAUAUGUGUGGUAAUUCCAAACAAUAUUGACCAUAUUUGUGGUAAUCCCAAACAAUAUUGAUCCUAUUUGUGGUAAUCCCAAACAAUAUUGACCAUAUUUGUGGUAAUUCUCAACAAUAUGACCAUAUUUGUGGUAAUUCCAAACAAUAUUGAUCAGAUUUGUGGUAAUCCCAAACAAUAUUGAUCAGAUUUGUGGAUAUCCGAAAUAAUGUGUGGAAUUUUUUAUUUAGGAUAGAAGUUAAUGUCCCUUAACACCCAAGUGAUUAUUACCAAAUAUGCAAGUAAAUAUCAUCAAAGUGGCAUGUAAAUAUCAUAAAUUUUGCAUGUAAAUAUAAUGAAAGUAGCAUGUAAAUAUCAUCAGAUAUGCAUUGAAAUACCAUCAAUGUUGCAAGUAAAUAUCAUCGAAGAUGCAAGUAAAUAUCAAGACAUCAAGAAACCCAAUCUUGCAGGAGUUGUAUGGAAACUGAAAUGUUAUCUGUUAAAGGUGAUGCACUGUUUAAAGGUGAUGCACUGUUUAAAGGUGAUGCACUGUCACAGGUGACGCCUUAAGUUCGUGGUGUUGAAUAUAAAAUUGAUGAGAGGGUAUAUUGGGAUCUAACGAAAGUGUAGAUGUGUUAUGUGUGGGGAGAGGCCACAAGUGGGUAAUGAUGUGUCUGACUUCCAAUAGAUGUCCUUAAUUUCAUAGAUGUUGCGUAGACUGGCUAAAUAGAAGCUUAAUUAAUGAAAGUUUGUCAAUAAAUCCUCUACCCUAAAUUCCCUUUCGCUCUUGGGUUACCGGUUGGCGGGCUGAUUAAAUCUUCGGAAAGUUAACUGACCCACUUCCCGUCAAUCUAUCGCGCUGAAACUCGGCACAUUGAUUCGUUGCCGAAGUCAAAACGUUCUUUAAUAUUUUCAGCCUCACACCCGAACCCAAAACCCCACAAAAUCACCUUUUUGUUCCCAUGGGGAAGAUGAAGGAAAUAGGAGGAAACCGAUUUCAUGAAAUAACAUUCCCAAUGACCACACUAAAUCAGAUUCUUUAUAAUUGAGAAUAUAGCGCAAAUGCGUUUGGAGCGUAGAAUUUUUUUUUUUGGUCUUUCUGAAUUGUGAAAUAAAUCUGCGGUGUAAAAGCGGGUCAUUAGAAUAAUAAUAUAGUUCGGGGGCUUGACAAAAAUGUGUUAUUGCGAGACUUGAAAAAAGGGGGGGGGAGGGGCUGAACCACUAAUUGGGAUGCUUAUAAAGUGCUUGAUUUGUAUGCAUUUUUUUGUUAUUGUUGUUUUAGUUUUUAGCCCAACCCAUCGAUAUUACGUAUUAUAAAGGAUUUAUUCGAAAAAACUUUAUUCUUAGGCUUUGUUUAACUUUUAGACUUAAAUUUUUCAAAAACGGAAUUAUUUUCUAAAACUUUUAAAAUUUGUACCUUGUUUUUCUAAUGUUUAUUUUAUUGAUGUUUCUCAGAUCAUUGAGCUAGGAUCCUUGAAAUCAAGUGCACAUUUGAUUAACUGUGGUCAGAAUUUAUAUCUUGGAAUACAUUUGCCAGCGAAACGUUAUUUCUAAUAAGGCACCUUCGACCAGAAUCCAAUACUCAAAAUGGCUACUCCAAUCAACGACUCAUCUACAGACGUCGAUACAACGCAAACUCCGGCUACCGACCCACUAACUACAGUCAUGGCUACCGACCCACUAACUACAGUCAUGGCUACCAUCCCCAGUUCAGUGCUAGCUUCCAUUGUUACGGCUCUGACGUCAUUGACUCCUCACUCCUCAAUCUCUGCAUUUUUCAACGCGUCAUCAUCCAGUGCGUCAUCGGGCGACCAGCCAACCCCAGUAACCUUCGCCUCCGUUGUUACAUCUCGAGAUUCUGACAACGUCACCGGCGUCCUGACCUCAACGACCUACAAUUAUUCCGAGUUUGAAAUUCAGGCGUACCUGGACGAGCUGCAGAGCCAGACGACCAACAUCAUGCUGCCGGCCAUGGUGUACCUGGUCCUGCUCGCGGUCGUCGGCUCCAUCGGGAAUUUCCUGGUGCUAUUCGUAUAUUCGCACAAGUUCACCCAGACGGCCACCAGGAUCUUCAUCCUGGUCAUUGCCAGUUUUGACAUCAUAACAAAUAUGAUCGUUAUCCCAGGUAAGAAUAUCCAGAAUUUUUUUUUUUUUUUUUUUUUAAAAAUUGAAAUCGGCGUCGUCGCUGCUUCUUCUUCUUCUUUUUUUUCUUAAGGGCCCACGAUCCAUUUAUUUAUCAUUUUUGUGGGUGACUCUUUUGAUAUCUUUGUUUUGUUUCGGAUCUACCAAACCAAGAGAGCGUGUUUGUUUCCAUGGCCAUUCGGGACUGAGAGUACUUUAAUUCUUUACUGAUCUAUCGGCUCGAUGAAGUUUUCCUUAGUGCGUGAUGCACAAAUGCACUUGCUUUCAGUCUCAUGGGAUCAUUUGUGCUGUCUUAUCAUUGCAGCACUUCUCCUUCUUCUUUAUCGUAAGGGUCCACGGUCAAUGUAUUGAUCAUGCUGGCUCAUAUUUAUGUAGAGGCGAUUCGCGUAAUGCCUGUGCCUGGUAUUGAAUAGGAUGUUUCCCUGGUUGCAAGGGCUACUCAGCGAUGGUAUCAGGAACUGGGGAAGGGGGGAAAGGUGAAGGCAUGAGGCCGUAGACGCAAAUAUGUCAAGUUUUGUCCCCCCCCCUUCCUUCUACUGCUCCUUUUGGAAGCUUGCUCCAGUCCCUGAUUAUCUUUGGCAGGAAUGAGCAGUUUCUAUACUGUAUUCUUGCUGUUAUGAUCCGAAACUGCCUGUCCUAGCCUCGUCGCACUUUUUUAAAUUUUUUUUAAUUGUCCUGUACUGUCGUGAGCUGUAACAAGUACAUUUCAAGACUAAGAAAUACAAACAUAUGAUUAAUUGAACAGAAGAUCAAGGUCAUUAAAAAUCGCAUUGUCGGGUAAAUUUUUUUUUUAAAAAACAACUUUAAAAAUAUAAUUCAUCCAAAUUAGCAUCACAAUGACAUUUUUUGUAAACUUGACAGACAGAAGCUUUCUGUGUAAGUAAAGAAUUUUUUUUAUAUUUUCAAUGGUUUUGUUUUAAAUUUGAAAAAACAGAGAUCACCUUAUUUAAGUGGUUCUGUUUGUUUUAAUUCUGGCUAACCAUUUCGUUUUCUUAUGAGUCAUUACAGGCAAACUUCCCUUUACACGUUUCUUCAUAAAUAUAUACGUCAUCGCAGUUGUUUUAAUUAUUGACAUUCAUUUCAUGUGUUGUAAUUUCAAUCAUUGACAGUCAUGUCACAUGUAAUAAUUUCAAUCAUCGACAUUUAUAUCAUAAGAAACAUUUUCAAUGAUAGACAGUUAUUUCAUAAGAAACUUUUUGAAUGAUAGACAAUUAUUUCAUCUGUAGUAUUUUCAAUUCUUGACAAUUCCAGGAGAGAUCUAUGACAUGUUUCAUAUCUGGGAUUUCAACCAACCGUCACUUUGUAAGAUCCGACUCUUUUUCAACGCUUUCACCACCAUGGCGUCUGCCAUGGUGCUGGUUGCUGUCGCCGUGGCGAGGUGGGUACACUAUCAGUUUAAUGUCCAUAUGGCUUAAAUGAGUGGCUACCAGAAUGUCAGAAGUGCUCAUCAUGGCUUAAAUUAGUGGCUACAAGAAUGUUGGAAUGAUCAACUUCUUAGCUUGUUUCAAAGUUUACAUCAUUUUCUAUAAUUCAACGUCCAAUGUUAUCAACAAUAAGUACAAGACAGCAUAUGUUCUAACUGAUCUAAACUGCACUUCAACACACUAACUGAAUAGGUUAACUGAAAAGACUAAUGGAAUAGACUAACUGAAUAAAGUAACUGAAUAGACUAUUUGAAUAGACUAUUUGAAUAGACUAACUGAAUAGAAUACUUGAAUAAACUAAUUGAAUUGACUAAAUGAAUAGACUAAUUGAAUAGACUAAUUGAAGAAACUAAUUGAAUAGACUAACUUAAUAUACUAAAUGAACUGAAUAAUUAAAUAGGCUAAUUGAAUAGACUACUGAAUAGACUUGUUGAAAAGAUUUCUGAAUAGAUUAAUUGAAUAGACUAACUGAAUGCACUAAUUUUUAAAGAACAAUUUUUAUCAAUUCAGGUACAGAAAAAUAUGCAAACCUUUCGGGAAGCAAGUGACGAUAAGUGAUGCUAAGCUCAUCAGCGUGGCCAUGACUCUGGGUUGUCUGAUCUUCUCGAUUCCGUGGGCUAUCAUCAAUGGCCGGCAAACGAAGGCGACGCCUCGGCCCGGAAUCAAUGGAUACGAGUGCACGCUCGAUGACAGCUACCUGGAUACAAUAUGGCCGCUGCUCAACACUUUAUUCUUCAUUUUGCUCUUCCUCGUAUGCUGCGGCACCAUAGUGGUGCUGUACGCCCUCAUCGGUGUUCAGGCCUGGCGCCACAGCCAUGUGCACGGUGUUUCGACGGGCGUAAAACCCCCGCACAGUUCUUCUGGGACCAACGAUUCUACAGACAGCACGGAGAUGACCAGCAAGUCCGCAGAGAAUUCACGGGUCGGAAUAUUGAGCAAAUCUGCAAGGUCGAGGUCGUACGUCAAAAAGAAAUCUGGAGACCCCGAAUCCAUGGAAACCGUCAUCAAAAGUGGUGUCGCGUGCGGCGAAGGUGAUCAAGUUAAACCUCGCGGUGAAGCGGUCAAGGACACCACAGCGGAGGACGACGUCAUUGAGUUGGUGGACGAUGUCAAGGGCGAGAAAAAAUCCGCAUACCAGGCCCGGAUGAUUCGAUCCCCGACGGGCGAGAAGGUCAACAUCAACCUGUCCAUGGUCAGGGAGCUGACGGUGAAGCUCAGGGCCGUGCAGAAGGAGACGGAACAUGGGGACGUGGGGGACCUCUCGGACGUUGACCAAGUCCCAAGGCCGGGGAGAUCUGUUGUCACGUUUAAAAGUGUGUCGUCGGAUGACGAGCUGGGCUCAGGGGACGAGUACGAUGAUGCGGAGAACAAAACGGGCAAGAAAAAAAAGAGUCAGAUGAAGUGUAAGCCUGAAACAAGGGACGUUGGUGGGAGUCAGCCGAUGAAGUGUAAGUCUGAAACAAGGGACGUUGGUGGGAGUCAGUUACACAAACGUAGCGAGGAGCCGUCCGGUGGGAAAUGUACAAUUAAUAAUGGCUCUAAUGACAGUAUUGAUGCAGCUAGUAGCAAAGGUGGGAAAUGUAAAAGUAACAGUGGUUCCACGGACAGUAUCGAUGCAGCUGGUAGCAAAGGUGGGAAAUGUAAAAGUAACAGUGGUUCCACGGACAGUAUCGAUGCAGCUGGUAGCAAAGGUCGGAAAUGUAAAAGUAACAGUGGUUCCACGGACAGUAUUGAUGCAGCUGGUAGCAAAGGUGGGAAAUGUAAAAGUAAAAAUGGUUCUACAGAAUGUAUUGGUGCAGAUGAUAGCAAAGGUGGGAAAUGUAAAAGUAAAAAUGGUUCUACAGAAUGUAUUGGUGCAGAUGAUAGCAAAGGUGGGAAAUGUAAAAGUAAAAAUGGUUCUACAGAAUGUAUUGGUGCAGAUGAUAGCAAAGGUGGGAAAUGUAAAAGUAAAAAUGGUUCUACGGACAGUAUUCAUAAGAAUUGUUCUAAGGCAUUAAAACAUCAGAGCAGUCAUUGUCCCAAUGACACCGUCUCUGUUAUUGAUCAUACGAAAGAACUAUCAGAGGGAGCGAUAAAAGAAAAUGGCGCCAUUUGCCAUUUAGACGCUGAGAGCAAAGAUGAGCUUGACGACGAGCAUCUGAACGAUGAGCCACUAACUGACUUCGCCAAGGCGAUGUUGUGGGUCGACAUUACCUACUGCCUGAAAAACGAACGUGACGGCGCCAGCAGCAACGAUGAACCGGACGCUGAAAACAAUGGCGGUGGGUCCAACGGGCUGACCAAAAAGAGCUCCUUCACCUCGUCCCGCAAGAUCUCAAGGGACAACAGCUUUCUGAGGAAACACCGGAAGCUGAGAGACGCACUGACGGACACCCUGGCGCGAGCUAGGAAAAGCAAGAGGGAAAAAUCGGGCGAGGCCAAGGCGAGGGACAGCGGCGGUGUCGUCGGGGCGAACGAGAGGAUAUCUGAAAACGAGAAUGGCGACGACGCCGGCAGCGUAGUGGGAAAAGAUCACGGGGACGUGGCCCCGCAAGCAGAAGUCAAACAACCGGGGUCUUCCAGCUCUGGGGAGAAACAUCGCAGCAGCGUGAAGAGACCGUCUCGGGCCUCCUCCAGGCGGGGCAUGGGUCGCACGACAGCCAUGCUUCUGAUCAUCAGCGCCGUGUACAUUGUCGGCUUUCUUCCAUUCCUGGCUCUGUCGUUUUAUAAGCAUUACGCGCCGCAGAGCUUCGGCGGCCUGAGUGCUGUAGGACUCGCGUUCUACAAUCUUUUUCUGAGAUCUUAUUUUCUCAACAGUGCGGCGAACCCCAUCGUGUACAGCCUCUGCGACAUCAACUUCCGGAAGGAAUGUUUGAAACUCUUAAAACUCGGCUAAAAAAAAUCGAUUUUUUUUUCAUUUUUGUUGGAUGGAAGUAUCGGAGGCUUAAACAUCAUAGAAAUGGAAUGACAACAUGUGUAUUGAUGAUUAUAAUGCUAUUGAACAAGUGCAAGUUUGACCAUUGUACAAACGUAAUACUUUGCAACAGACGCGUACUCAUUGUAGCAUCGCCUCAACAGCUUUACUAACGCAACAGCGCAUCAGGGGCUAAAUGAAAGUUAUAUUACACAUCAACAAUUAUACCCAGAGUUUUCUACUGUUGCGGUGAAAUCGUCUCGUGCGUACCCAGAGCCUUCAUUUUUUGAUUCUGUAUGACAGACAGGGACACGUGCACGCCUGGCC